AUCUCAUUUCUCUUUUUGUUUUCGAAUUGAAAGAGAUCUUUUUAAUGUUAAUCUGGGUUUUUUUCUUUUUGAUGACAGUUUGAGCAGUUGAUAAGAAUAUUACCGGCCACUACUUUUUUUUUUUUUGUGUGUUAGUAUAUGUAAUAAAUUAAAAAAAAAUAAAAAUGGAUAGCUACCAAAUGUUGCGUCCUGUGAAAUACACACAACACAAAAACGUGACUACAAUGGUGGCUGCAGCUAACCCAUCAAUGGCUGCUGCUGCUGCUGCCAAGAAUAAUAAUAACAAUAAAAAGGUUUCAAGUCCGUUGCCGAAAGUUGUACGGAUAUCAAUGACUGACCCAGAUGCCACUGAUUCUUCCAGUGAUGAUGAGGACGAACUUUUUGGAAGAAGGCGUGUUAAAAAGUAUGUCAACGAGGUUAACAUCCAAACCUCGUGCAAGCCGGCGGCGGUUGGCGGCCGGAAAAAGAGUAAUGGGAAAAUCGUUAAUAAUAAUAAUGAAAUUCAAUUAGCAGUAGGAAAGCAGAAGGUGGGGAUGAAGAGCGUGGGUGGAAUAAGGAAGUUCCGGGGAGUAAGACAAAGGCCGUGGGGUAAAUGGGCGGCUGAGAUUAGGGACCCAGCCAGACGUGUCCGCUUGUGGUUGGGUACUUACGACACGGCUGAGGAAGCUGCCAUGGUGUACGACAAUGCUGCUAUCAAACUGCGUGGGCCCGAUGCUUUGACUAACUUUGUCACCCCACCGCCUAAAGAGCCGGAAGUCAGUGUUCCGUCGACUUCCGGUUACGAGUCCGGUGAUGAGUCCAACAACCUCCCUUCACCGACUUCCGUGUUACGGUUUGAAAGCGAGACCAACUCAAAAGAACCAGAAAGUCAGCAGCAAUCUGCUGGCGGGUCUUGUCCACAAAGAUUUGAUCAUGAUGGUUUUAGUCCGGUUCAUCAAGAUAUCGAAUCGGGUCAUCAUUUUGCAAGUGAGCAUUUGGAAAUAGAAGAUGAUGUUCCAUUAUUAUUGCUGGAUAAUAAUCUACUAUUUGAUUUCCCAACAUCCGAACCGGUGGUCGACCAGUUGUUGCUGGAACCGUAUCUAUUAAGACACUCUUCUCCCGUCAACGAGUUUGACUCCCGGUCAUCAUUAUUAAUAGAAUACGCAACCGAAGAUAGUUUUGGAGCACCAAUAUCAUCAUCAUCAGAAUAUGUAACGGAGGAUAAUUUUUCUGCAUUUGAAGACCCCCAAAUAUGGGAUGAUCAUAACACCACCACCAGCUUGUUAUGGCCGGAUGAGCAUUUUGGUGUUUGUAACGACAUGGUUCUCGAUACCACGUCGUCGUCCAUGCUCAAGGUUGAUGAUUACUUUCAAGAUAUUACGGGCGACUUUCUUCCUGCGGCUGAUGUUCUCAUGACCGGGUGUUUUUAAACAACCCUGUCAUUCCGUUGGGCUAUUUUCGAGCCCAACAAAUUUUGCACUCGUCACAGUUUUGUUUGAACGACAUCUAGUUCCUUAUCGUAUUAGUACUUACUAGCCUAUAGCUAUAUAUUAACUAGGAUUCUUUUCGUUUAAUUAAUUUAUCUAUCUUCCAAAUGUGAAGAUUUGAGUGAGCUCUUGUUUGAAAGAAUUAAUAAAUAAAAUAUAUAUUAAUAAUA